AUGGCUGCUGCUGCUGAGAAGACCGGCAUCGUCGCCCCGACGGCCGUUGCGCCGAAGACCGGCCUUGCCCUGUACUCCCGCUUCGCCCUGGCCGGCGCUGUCUGCUGUUCCGUCACACACGGUGCCCUGACGCCCGUCGAUGUCGUCAAGACCCGCAUCCAGCUCGAGCCGACUGUCUACAACAAGGGCAUGAUUGGCGGCUUCCGCCAGGUCAUCCAGAACGAGGGCGCCGGCGCCCUGCUGACUGGUAUUGGCCCGACCUUUGCCGGCUACUUUUUGCAGGGUGCCUUCAAGUUUGGUGGGUAUGAGUUCUUCAAGAAGCAGCACAUCGACUACCUCGGCCUCGAGACGGCCUCCAAGUACCGCACCGCCGUCUACCUGGCCUCGUCUGCCGCCGCCGAGUUCUUCGCCGACAUUGCCCUGUGCCCCCUGGAGGCCACCCGCAUCCGUCUUGUCUCGCAGCCCACGUACGCCAGCGGCCUGAUCUCCGGUUUCUCCAAGAUGCUGUCCACGGAGGGCAUUGGCGCGUUCUACGCCGGCUUCGGCCCCAUUCUGUUCAAGCAGGUCCCCUACACCAUGUCCAAGUUUGUCGUCUUCGAGAAGGUCUCCGAGGCCAUCUUCAACAUCUACCCCAAGAACACCCUGUCCGACGCCAGCCAGACCGCUGUCAACCUGGGCUCUGGCCUGAUUGCCGGCUUCGCCGCCGCCAUUGUCUCGCAGCCCGCCGACACCAUGCUCUCCAAGAUCAACAAGACCCCCGGCCUGCCCGGCGAGGGCACCACCUCGCGCCUGAUCAAGAUCGCCAAGGAGCUGGGUCUGCGCGGCUCGUACUCUGGUAUUGGUGCCCGUCUGUUCAUGGUCGGCACCCUGACCGCCGGCCAGUUCGCCAUCUACGGUGACCUGAAGAAGGCUCUCGGCGCCACUGGCGGUGUUGAGAUCUCCAAGUAA